CAGCACAGCCUCGAAGUGGGAGGGGCUCUCUGGGAUCUUUCCGAGGCGCUGCCGAUCCGCAGGCUGGUCGUGCCUGGCUGGCCCUGAGCUCGCCUUCCUCUUUCGCGGGGCGGGGCGGAGGGGAGCCUGAGAGGAGCAGGGAGGCGCCGGUGGCCGCGGCUCUGAUCCCGACGUGGAGGAGACGGCAGACUCCUGCUUCACGUCUGGAAUACAAAUUAAGGAAGGUUGCUUUGAGUGGACAAUGAUUAGAGAUACAAUGAAGGCGUGGAGUGACAGUCAGUCAGAUCUUUACAGCAGUGACCUAGAAGAAGAGGAAGAAAUGAUUUUUGGAGAAAAUGAAGAAGACUUGGAAGAGAUGAUGGAUUUAAGUGACCUGCCUACCUCACUCUUCGCCUGUAGUGUUCAUGAAGCAGUGUUUGAAGUUCAAGAGCAAAAGGAACGGUUUGAAGCUCUCUUCUCCAUCUACGAUGAUCAUGUUACAUUCCAGCUAUUUAAAAGCUUUAGAAGAGUAAGGAUAAAUUUUAGCAAUCCAGAAGCAGCAGCAAGAGCACGAAUAGAACUUCAUGAGAAAAACUUCAAUGGGAAAAAACUCAAGCUGUAUUUUGCCCAGGUUCAGGUGCCCAAUGAAGUGGGAGACAAAUCUUACCUCUUGCCACCAGAGCCUGUCAAACAGUUCCUGAUAUCGCCACCUGCAUCCCCACCAGUAGGAUGGAAGCCAAGUGAAGAUGCCACACCCAUGAUAAACUAUGACUUGCUCUGUGCUGUUUCAAAAUUGGGCCCUGGGGAGAAGUAUGAGCUCCAUGCAGGAACAGAAUCCACUCCCAGUGUCGUUGUCCAUGUGUGCGAAAGUGAAACAGAAGAGGAAGAGGAAAUUAAAAAUCCCAAACAGAAGAUAGUGCAGACAAAGCGUCCGGAUCCACCACCCACAUUAAUAAAUGAAACAAAAACUCUUGAUUGUACGCUAGAGGUAGGGGGUGGGAUGCACUACUGAAUUUGAGGCUGUCUGAUAACAGCAGUGAGUGGUAAAUGUUUGCAUUGCUGUGUGACGCAUAGCGGCAAAAGACUUCUCUUGUAGUCGUCUCGCAUCAGAAAGACUAUAGAUGCCAACGUUUUGAAGAGCACUUUAAUUUUAAGGUUAACUCCCAAGAUGUAGCAAAUCCACUGGGUUUCAAGUCCUAGAAUACUAGGAAGGUGCCAUUUUUGAAAAUGUUACCAUUUUAUUGGUGUUCAGAAGGCAGAAAGGAACUUGGCUGCUGCCAUCUCUAUAUGGGUUACCACAUGGUUUUGUAUGUGAGUCUCAUGUAUAUUUUUGUGUGCUGAUGUAUAACAUGAUCUGAGUAACAUGAUGUUCUAAGUAAUAUAUUGAUGAAAUAUAAAUGUAAUGUACAAUGUACAUUGUUAUCAGUAGAAAAAUCUCAAACUGGUUUGGGGUGAUAGAACCAAAUUUCCAAACAGGUUUGCUUUUGUGAUUUUUGUUUUUCCUUAGAAAUGCCAUAGUUGUGUGUGUUGAAUUUCAAGGUACUCUUGUGAAUUGACGUGAGGCAAAAGACAAAAUUGGAACUGUAAUAGGUUGUCUUUCUGCUCAUUGCACCUAUGAAAUGCCAACUAGGAAGCUGCAGAUUAUGGACUGACUCCCUCUUUGGCCUGUGUCUCUUAAUUUUCUUACCCUGUGUCUGUCUCCAGCUGUGGCUGUCCCAAGUGCAGGAUUUAUUUUCUGUGUUUAUCUUGUAUCUCUAGCAGCAGAAUUCAUACAGCCAGGAAGGGUCCUACAUCCAUAUGGCUCUUCACAAAGCUUAGCACCAGAGUGUUGCACGUCUUGUCCAGCCAACUGGAUUCCUCAACUGGAUUCUCCAGGAUGUGGUAUGCAAAAGCGCACAGUCACCCCCUACAGCAGUGACAGUGUAGAUGUGCCCCUGUGGCAGGUCUGGAAGUAUAUAUCCCAUUUUUCAUUUCCCCAUUCCCUCCUAAAGGCUCAGACUGGUUUGUGACCCUACAUAGCAGGGUGGAUUUGAUUUGAUUUAAAUCAAAUCUAUUUAAAUCACUAUUUAAAUGACUAGUCAGUAAGACUUGAUUUAAAUCACUAGUCAGUAGGACUUGAUUUAAAUCACUUUUUUACAGGAAGACUCAUUCUUGCUGUUAUAAUCUUAAUAUUUACAACCAGAUGAAGGUUUCAUUUUUGGAAUAAUAAAUUUUCAGAGUAGUUUUUACAGUUAUAGCAAAAAAUUACUGAUUUGGUUAUACUAUUAGAAAUACAUAAACAGAUAAUUAUGAAAUUGUUGUUUAUAUUUGGACAACUUUUCUGCUGUACUUUAUUGGAAGGAGAAAAACAAUCAUUUCCUGAAUAACAAUUGAAACAAUUUAUUUAACUUAAACAAUAACAUUAUAGCAUAUGUAUCCAUGUUUGUUAACUGAUGUGGUUAAACAAUUUAAAAACAAACAAAAACAAAACAGACUGAGUUUUAGCACACAUGAAAAACUUAAAACAAAUCCUUCUUUCCUGAUGAAUAGCCUUUGGACUAUUAACUUAAAUAGAAAACUAUCUUUAGAAACAUUUAUCCUCCAAAAGCAUUUUAUUUUAAAAAUCCAAUUUAACUCAAAAAAUCCAAUCUAAAUUUAAAAAAAAUCUUUUUUAUCCACCCUGCUACAUAGACUUCUUUGCUGAGCUAUUAUAGUCCUCCCACCCUUCAACUGUCCUACUUUUUGACACCCAGGCCCUCUUCAGAUCCCGUUUAGUACUCUUUGUCUUGCAGAGAACAUUGAUUUAGCAGGUAUGGUGAGCUUCUGCUUGUAUGGCCUGCUUAUUGCCUUGAGCUUUCCUUCCUUCCUUCCCUCUCUCCCUUUGCAUUGAAUCUUCUAUCCCUAAUACUUCUCAGGGAGGGAGAAGAAUGUGCUGCAGGAAAAGUGAUGACCACCCAGCUGCCUAGACUUGACAAAUAAGGCUAGCCUUGUUUGUUAUGCCUUUUCUUAACACUGUGUUUCCCACCUUAGCAUUUUUCAGCAAAAUAGCACCUUCAGAUGCCAGAUAUUUUCCUUAGCACUACAUAGCUGGUACUUUUUAUGGUUGAACUAAAUGAAAGAAUGGAGGGGUGGGUGGGAAGUAUAUGUUGGAUUCUAUUUUAAUCUAUAAAACCAUCAGCUCUACCAAAUUUGCUAAAACCAAGAGUCUUGUGGCACCUUAAAGGCUGAACAAAUGUAUCACAGCACAAGCUUUUGUGGACUACAUGCAGUCCACUUCAUCAGAUGCAAAUUGGCUGGGAAUUGUGUUGGAUCCGAAUGGGGAAGGACCUCUCUCUUUAUGCCCAGUGUCGGAAACCGCUUUUCUUCCCGCUCCACAUUAUCUGACAUACAUGGUGGGGAGAGUAUCUUCAAGUCCCUCUGCACCAGGCUAUGGAAACGUUCAGAAGCAGUUUGAAUCGCUUUUGCUUGAGACGCUUUGGAGCCAAAUACACGGCAGAAAAAUUAUACUGGUUUCAGUUCUCUGCAUCUGUCAGAAGCCACAGAGAAAGAAGCAGCCACCCAUAAUGGCUGGCUACUAACACCAGUCCAAAUGUGUGACCCCUUAUUUAUAGUGAUUCAAUGAAGUCUAUACCACUUCAAGCUUAAGCAGGACUUUGUCCUACUAGUGAGUGAAAACUGUCUUUGCUCGGGACCAGGUUUUAGGGGUACAGUGUUGGAGGUGGACCAGUAAGUCCCAUUCAAAGCUCAUACAGUGCUAAAUUUUACUGGUUGGCCUUGGGCCAGUUAUACUUUCUUCAUGGGCUUGAAAGGAUAAUUCUGCCCAAAACUCUUGAUGCAAAUGUAAAGUUGAAUAUAGUGGAGAAUAAAGGCAGUUGCUCCUUUACCAGAAUAAAUCUUAAUUUUUGCCUGUUUAUUAAGAACCAAGGCAAAGGUACUUAUCAUAGAAGUUGUUGGUUCCCCAAAAUGUGUUGUAAGGUGUUCUCAUCUCUUCUGUUAGCAUUUAAAAAAAUAAAAUAAAAAAUCUUGAUAACAUUUGUUCUAAAGAAAAGUAUAAUUUGGUUCUUUCCAAUAAAUGAUCCAUGGUUACUGCGGUGUGCUCAGAACAGAGUAUUAAGUUUGUUUUUGCAUGAUAAACUUAGGAGGUGAGGAAAUCAAUUCCUGAAUGUGAACCAUGAUGAUAUCCAGGUGGUAUGGCUUUCUUUGUGGGUCUUUGAAACCCUCCAUACCUCAACUAGAUUCCCAGUAGCUGACAUCCAACUUCUCUUCAGGAGUCCUGAUCUCUUCAUUAGAGAGUGUGUUCUUUUAUAGGUUUGUGUACAAUAGUGAGAUCACCUAUAAAUAUAUACUUAACAAAAUUGCCUAGUACCUGUCAAUUUUCUAGGCAAGCUGUUUCCUAAGGCAGUAGAAAGGGGAUCUGCCCUUGGGGCCAAAUCUGCUUUCCUGAAAAAUGUUCCCUCAUUGCCAAAGCAGAGGUGAGAGAAGUGUAAAGAGACCAAUAUUGGAAGCGAGGAGGUGUGCUGGCAGGCUGCUUUAGAGAGUGAGGAUUGGGGUGUUAGCCUGCCACGCCUUCUCCUUACCAGGGCUGUCCCUAUCAUUAGGCAGUUGGUAGAUGAUUGGAGGCAGUGCUGGCAGCCACCCUCCAUGUUUCUCUUGACUCCUCCCCUGCCAUUCCCUUCUGUGUGCCACAUGUCCUGUGCUGCACCUCCUGAACUAGCCUGCUGGCUGCAGGCAUGGAGGGCGUUAUUCUGUCGCUAGUGUUGAAAUAAGAUCCAGCUGCCAGCCUAGUUGUCUUGUGCAGAUGGGAUGGGAGGGGGAAACUCCUCCCUGUCCUUUGCCUCAGGCAGCAAAAUGCCUUGGCCCAUACAUUGUAUUUUCUCCGAGUGGCUUCCUGACAGUUGGGGACCAGGGCUAUAAAACUUGGAGAAUACUGUGCUUUUCAGAAUGAAGUGUCAAAUCACAAGACGUGUUUAACAGCCUGGUAUUGCUAUAGAUGGUGGUCAACAGUGUUUUUCAAAAAGGACAAAUAAAACAUUUUGCCAUU